AGAGAGAGAGAGAGAGAGAGAGAGAGAGAGAGAGAAUCACAGUAUGAAAGUGAAUAGAGGGCUACUCCCAAGGGAAGUGACAUGUAAGCUGCUAAGGUCGGUGGGUCUCAACGCGUAGGAAAAUAGAGAAGCUAAGGACAGAGAUGACAGGGGUGAGAUGACGUAAACUUUGCAGCAGAUAAGUUUUGGUCUGUGCUUCAAGCGCGGAGAGGGGCCCUGUCUGGUUGGCAUCUUUACGAAGGGAAGGUCGCUCGAGUCGGCGACGUGGCAGAGGCCGGAAGGGAAACUGAAACCCGAAGCUUCAGUGGCUCGCAAUGGGCGGCGGCCGCAGUCAGAGGGAACCGAACGGGAACCGGGGAUUUACGCAGUUAAAAAGGCUGUUCCAGGAUCUGAGCCCGGAGCCGACCGUCCGCCCAGUGUCCCAGCCCAGCGCUCGGCGGGAGGGGCCGGAAGAGGAAGUCGGGGCUGCAUCUCGGAGGUCCGGGUACCGCCAGCGCUGCCCGCGCCCCGCUGCCCGCCCGCGGGAUGGGGCUGCUGCACUCGCUGCACUCGCUGCACGCUCCCGCGGCCGUCCUGCUCUGGAGCUGCCUGCUGGGACUGACAGCUGCUCAGGAAGCCAUCCUGCACGCGUCUGCAAAUGGCACAUCUUCACUUUCCAAGGACUAUUGCAUGCAUUAUAACCCCAAAUGGACAAGGCUUCCAGGUUCCCUAGAAAAUGCAACUUCUCUUAGCUUGAUGAAUCUGACUGGCACGCCACUGUGCCACCCUUCUGAUAUUCCUCCUGAUGGCAUAAAGAACAGAGCAGUGGUGGUUCAAUGGGGAGCCUGCCAUUUCCUUGAAAAGGCCAGGAUUGCGCAGCAAGGUGGUGCUGAAGCUCUGCUGAUUGCCAACAGCAGUGUCCUACUUCCUUCCUCAAGGAACAGAUCUGAAUUUCAAAAUAUGACUAUACUAAUUGCAGUUAUAAGCCAAAAAGACUUUAGAGAUAUGAAACAGACUCUUGGAGAUAACAUUACCGUGCAAAUGUAUUCUCCAUCCUGGCCUAACUUUGACUAUACUAUGGUGGUUAUUUUUGUAAUUGCUGUGUUCACUGUGGCAUUAGGAGGAUACUGGAGUGGACUCAUUGAAUUGGAAAACAUGAAGACAGCAGCAGACGCCGAAGAUAAAGAGAUGAGGAAAAAGAAGGAGGAGUAUUUAACUUUCAGCCCUCUGACAGUGGUUGUGUUUGUGGUCAUCUGCUGCGUUAUGAUUGUCCUACUCUAUUUCUUCUACAGGUGGCUUGUUUACGUUAUGAUAGCAAUUUUCUGCAUAGCGUCGGCAAUGAGUUUGUACAACUGUCUUGCUGCAUUGAUUCAUAGGAUGCCAUGUGGACAGUGCACGAUUUCCUGUUGUGGCAAAAACAUUAAAGUGAUCCUGGUCUUCCUCUCUGGACUGUGCAUCUCAGUCUCUGUUGUGUGGGCUGUGUUUAGAAAUGAGGAUAGAUGGGCUUGGAUUUUACAGGAUAUCUUAGGAAUUGCUUUCUGUCUCAACUUAAUUAAAACAAUGAAGUUACCCAAUUUCAAGUCGUGUGUGAUACUGCUAGGCCUUCUCCUGGCCUAUGAUGUGUUUUUUGUCUUCAUAACACCAUUCAUCACAAAGAAUGGUGAGAGCAUCAUGGUGGAACUUGCUGCUGGGCCGUUCGAGAAUGCCGAAAAGAAUGAUGGAAACUUUGUGGAAGCCACUGCUCAACCCUCAGCUCCCCAUGAGAAAUUGCCAGUACUUAUCAGGGUGCCAAAGCUGGUCUGUUACUCAGUAAUGAGUGUAUGCUUCAUGCCUGUUUCAAUAUUGGGUUUUGGAGAUAUUAUUGUACCAGGCCUGUUGAUUGCAUACUGUAGAAGAUUCGAUGUUCAGACUGGUUCUUCUUCUGUAUACUAUAUUUCAUCCACAAUUGCCUAUGCUGUUGGCAUGAUAAUUACAUUUGUUGUCCUGGUGCUGAUGAAGAAGGGGCAGCCUGCUCUCCUCUACUUAGUUCCCUGCACGCUUCUUGCUGCCUCAGUCGUGGCCUGGAGUCGUAAGGAGAUGAGAAAGUUCUGGAAAGGUAGCAGCUAUCAGGUGAUGGACCACCAGGACUAUUCAACAAGUGAAGAGAGCCCAGUGACUACUGAUGGGCAGUCCGUGCAGCAGUGAUUACGUGGACCUACAAUGAUGUGCUAUGGAUUUUUACAAAUAGAAUUGCCGACCGCCGCCGCCACCACCACCAUGUUUUGGUUUUGUGGUUUUUUGAGUUUUUUGUUUGUUUGUUUGUUUUUUUGCUUUUUGAGACAGAGUCAUGACUAGAGUUCACUGUCCUCCUGCCUCUGUCUCCCAAAUGUCUGGGACUAUAGCUGGGCAGCACCGUGCUCAGCAAGUUUUAAAUCAAAAUCUGAACUGAAAAUUGGAGACACUUGCCACGGUGAUGUUUGUCAAUCCAUCUAUUUUUAUGAGCUGGUAAAAUUCAUCACACAUAGCGAAAAUGCAUUUUCUUUUAAUUAUGUUAAAGUUGUGCCUUCACAAUCAAUGAAAAACAUAGGGUUUGUGUAGUUUCCAAAUGUAUUAUAUACAUUAUAUUUUUCUAAAAAAAAAAAAAGCCACCUUGACCCUCCCCUGUACUUUUCUUACUAAAACAUUUCUCUGAAAUAUAAGGAUAGGGAUAGAUUGUUUAUAAUUAUCAAAGCAAGUUUCUUGAGUAAAUGUUUUCAUCAAAGAUUUAUGCAAAUCUUACCCCUCUGCAGGAAUAACUGCUUAAAGCUGUGCAGGAAGGCAGUUCAGCAGCAAAAAUUGGUCUUUAUAUCAUGUAAAGGUUUAAAACCUGCACAAGGGAGCACGUAGAAACACACCCCUUCAUAGUUUAAAUUUUUCCUUUACCUUUAUUUUUAUGUCAUGUGUAUGGGUGUGUUGCCUGUAUACAUGUCUGUCUGUUCACCACAUUCAGGCCUGGUGCCUGUGGAGACCAGAAGAGGGUGUUUGAUCCCUUGGGACUGGAGUUACAGAUGGCUGUGAGCUGCCAUAUGGGUCCUGGGACUUGAACCCAGGUCCUCUGGAAGAGCAGCCAGAGCUCUUAUAAAUGCUGAGCCAUCUCUCCAGCCUUGUAGUUUUAAGUUUUUAAAAACUUGUAACCCUUUUUUAAACUUGAGGAUCUAAAUUACUUCAGGCUGCAUAUGUAUUAUAUUAGACUAUUUUUUAGAUAGAAGGAAACAUAAUAUAUAGAAAUAAUCAUUAGAAGGAUACAGAAACUGAAUCUAGUUUAUAUCAGUACACCAUUUACUUGAAGAUAAGGAUUAAACUUCUGUACUUACUCUAGGUUUUAUUUUGGUUUUCUGAUCUUUGAAAUUUGAUUCCAUUAGAUACUAUAUUAUAACUUAUUGUUUGCCUCGACCAUCCUGACCCUCUCCCAUCGUCAGUUUCCAGCCCUUUUCCCAUAAGUGAGCACUGCUGACUUGGAGGGAUGAGGGCUGUUCAGAGUACAGAUGUACUUUUGUUCGUCGGUUUUCUCACCUCCAAAAUGAGUGGUUCGAGCAGUUAUCACUUGGCUAACUUGCAACUUGAAAAAAAUAAUUUUCUCAUUCUUUGCAAAAUCUCAGGUGUUUUUCUAGAAAUUAGAGGUGAAAUUAUCUUUCAAAUUAUUUUAAUUUCUUUAAAAAUGUACCAAGUGACAAGUUGUUACAAAAGCUCAGGAUUUUGCAUUUCUGUGUAAAUAAUGCACACGCUGUGUGAACAAAUCCAGUCUUUCAUGUUAAGGCCAAUUUAGCUUAUUCAAAGGUAAAAACUAGUGAUUGAAAAAAAUGGGUUAGACCUUUGAUAUUUGAACUAAAGUUCAAUUUGAUGCUCUUGUUUAAUUGUUAACUUUUGCUGAGUAAAUGACAGGGAAGCUGUACCACAGCUUCCUCUGUCUACUGAGUCCAGGAGUGGGGUCUUCUGUUUACAGCAAGUGAGCUAUCUGAUGAGAGAUGAGUUAAGUGCCAUUCUCCAAUUCCAACUGUACUUUCACUUCCAAUGUCAAUAAAAUGCUUGCCAAAAUACAGCUGUUUUACUAACAUCUGCAUCCUCAUUCAAGUCUGUGACAGUCGAAAGCACCAAUUACAUUUUAUGAAGAAUGUUAAAGAAAAUUAGUCCUUUUAAAGCUAUGUUGAAAUAACACAAUUUCUCAAAAAUAAUUUAGUUUUAUUAAUUUGUAACUAAUAUUUCUUCAUCUAAACCAUUGCUCCAGAAAAAAAAAACAUUAACACAUCUAAAUUCUGACUUAUUUGGAACAAGUGUAUUUUACUCAACCAUCAUAUUGUUGUGGUUAAAGUCUUACACAGGAGCUGGAGUGUAUCUCAGCGUUGGAGUGCUUGCCUCCCGUGUUCCAAGUGCCUACCCCAACUCUGCCAAUGAAACAACUGACUGAGUAGCUAUAAAUAACAAAAAGAAUUUCCUAGAGUCGCUCUAGCCUGACUGCCAAUUUCGUAUGCACUUAAACAACCCUCUUAGCAACACAGACGAGAAUAGUUCCUUAGAGAAAAUGAAAUACACAAAUACUGGGUCUUGGAAAUAAAAAAGAAUAGAUACCAGAGAUGAAAAUUUGACUCUGAAAGUUUGUCAUGUCCUUCUCUCUUGCUUACCUGACACCAGUAACUUUUAAGAGGUAGGGAAGUUGGAUUUUUUCCCCCCUUGAACAUGCUUUAAAAACAAAGUAUAUUGUAUUUAUUAGCACAUUGCAAUAUAAAAUACUUAUUAGAAAGUUCCACAUUGGUGGUUUAGCAAAUAGAAAUCAUUGAUCUUAAAUGCAUUUUCUUCCAGCUUCUAAGUUUUACUUUGAAUUAGCAAUUUCUUUAUAGUAGAAUGUACUUUAAUACCCUUUUGAAGGAAGAUACUUUUGUUCCGUAUGCUGCUGGCAUUCAUGUGUUUUAGUUACAUGUGCAGACAGGUUCUGGUACAAUGGCAUAUUUUUAAUAAAUACUAAUGAUCUUUCUAGUUUUCUUUGCUC